AUGACAGAUUCUUUUUUUAAAAUUGAAGAUUUUCAAGAUCAAAACUGGACAAACCCAGGUGAGUUCCUUUUAAAGCACAAGGAUCACUUUAGUUCUUUAAAUGAUUUUGCUUCAGCUUUAAUUUCUUAUGGAGAAGUACUUAAAGCUCGUUUAACAACAAUCAUUCACGACGAUUAUACCGAAUUUGUAACAGUUGCAAAGCAAUUAAUUCAAUUAGGAGAUAGUAUGACGGAAUUAAUCAAAUCAUUUUCAAAUGCACAAAAUGCAGUUGAACAUGCAACAAAAAAUUUACAGCAAGCAUCACAACCUGUCAAAGCACAAACCGAAAAAUUACAUAAAAUUCGUAUAGAAGAAGCAGUUUGCAAAUUAGCUUUAGAUAUUGUAAUUUCACUUGAAAACAUUAAAUCAAAACUUACAACUGAUACACAUCCAGCUAUAUUUUUGGAUUCAGCUAUUGGUUUAGCGAUAACAAAAGCGAAAUUAGCCGGAAUUAAUCAACCAGCGCUAAGUAUUAGAAUUGAAGCAUCAUACAAUAAAAUAUUUAAAGAUUUCACAAAUAAAUUAUCAUCAGCAUUUAUCGAUUCAGUAAAAUCCCGAGAUAUUUCUUCACUUUCGAUCAUUCUACAUGCAACAAUACUUUCUGAUCAAUUCCAGUUGAUUUACAAGUCAUUCUCGGAUAUGUUUGUCAUACAAGAAGUCCAAAAACUUAAUAUUUCAAAGAAAACAAAAUCAAUUUCAAUAUUAAAUUCUUUGAUUGACACGAUUAUGGAUCAGAAUGGAUACAUUCACUUCAUAUAUGAAAAUUCCUUACCAAUUUUUGACUUCAUUCUUAAUUCUGUUUGGCCAAGUUUAUCUGAUUGGAUUAUUCGUAAUGUAGAGAUUCCAUUGAGUGACGCAAAGGCUGUACAUACAUCCUACAUCUUACUUAUCAAGCUAAUCAACGAAAUUGAGAAACUUUGUCGUAGUAAAAUUUCAGUCAACAAAAUUCACAACUCUAUUUAUGAUAUACAGCUCUAUGAUAAGCUCAAACUCAAGAUAUACCCACAGCUAGUAUCAACGGAGCUAAAUCCUCAAGUAGAACAGAUUAUUCAAGCAAAUCCGAAUUUGAUUGAUGGAGAGUUCAAAGUUUCAACGUCAUCGCAGCUCUUUGAUAUCAUAAAAUUGAUUUUCAGUGAAGAAUAUUUCAUCCUGAACGAAAUCGGAGAUUUUUUAAUUCUGAUGAUGAAAAUUUGUUUAGUUUACAAAGAAUUUUGUCAAAAUUCUGUCAAAUUCAAAUCUCACUUAGCUUUUGACAUUAGAACCUUCAUCCGCAAGCUUAAGAGUGUUACACCUAUUGAAUGCGAUGAACCCCUUAAGCUUGUAUCAAAUUCAUUGCUUGAAACCAGUGAAAAACUGGAAAAUGACGUAUUAGCAGUAAUAGUCAACGAAACACUGCCUAAAUUAGAUUUUAUUUCAACAAUUACUAUCAAACCAGAGUCGGAAAUGCCAAAAACUCACUCAUCUUUGGCUGCUUCAGUAUUUACAAAUUAUAACAAGUGGAUUGAUACAGAAAAGUCGCCUCUAAACUCGCCAGAGUUUGCUUCCAAGGUUUUUAAUGCAGUCAUGGAUCGAUUUAAAUCAAAAGCCACAACAAGAAUACAAGAUGUCAGAGCACAGACAAUUGCCAUUGCUAAAUUUAAUAGAUCAUCAACGAUCGAUCCGGAGAUAAUCGAAGGGAAGCUAAAGAAGCAAUUACUCUUGGAUUUGGAAUGUAUCGCCACUAGAGCAGCCAAAUACGACUUUCCAGCCAAAGAAAAUGACAUUUACAAGGAAAUUACUUCUAUUCUUACCCAAGUUAAUACAUCUGAACCUGAAACAAAAUAA